GCGACGUAGAUUUGUACCGGAUGUUGCGCAUAGAAAAUGCGACUCAACCGGAUGUACGAGUGUUUCGAAAAGAAAGUGGAAGGGACGGAAUCACAAUGGACACCCGAGGACUUCGCUCUCAGCUGAAAGACAGUGUCCCCGUGGCAGGCUUAUGUCCGCAGGGGGCUUACGGGAUACAGGACUCUAUGCGCAGCGGCUUCUCCAGUGUAAAGAAUGAGCUUCUUCCAAGCCACCCACUGGAGCUGUCAGAGAAAAAUUUCCAGCCAAACAAGGACAAGAUGAAUUUCUCUACGCUCAGAAACAUCCAGGGCCUUCACGCUCCGCUCAAACUGCAGAUGGAGUACAGGGCAGCUAGACAGAUCCAGCGUCUGCCGUUCUUACAGAGUUCAAACCUAACCCUGGACACGCUGCGAGGCAACGAUGAGUCCAUUGGCUUUGAGGACAUUCUCUGCGAUCCAGCCCAGAGCGAAAUGAUGGGUGAGCCACACCUGAUGGUGGAAUACAAUCUGGGACUGUUGUGAAGGAAGAUGGGCACAUAAUACACAGCUACACAUGUAGAUUUGGGUUUAUUAUUUGUCUGAUGAUUCUAAUCCAGUUGGUAUUUCUAAUAAACUUCUUCACCUUCCUCUAGAAA